AUGGGUGAUCCUCCUAAGAAGUGGGGUAGCUCCUCGGCUAACGAUCGAUAUUGGUGGGGAGUGGCUCACCACAAGCCACAAUCUUGCUACAAAGACUUUAAUGUAUAUAACCAAUCUUCUGUGUAUGCACGGCAUUUUCAAGCUGUCCAAAUAAUCAAAUCAUCAAAUAAUCAAAUCNCCGACCCGCUCUCGCCCUCCCACCACGUCUCCCACGCGCUCUCCCAGCUCUCCCUCGCCCUCCGCGCCGACCCCGCCUUCGCCCGCGCCCUCGGCGCCCGCCACCCCCACCUCCUCGCCCCCCCGCUCGUCCGCGCCCUCGCCGCCGCCGCCGCCGCCGACGACGCGGCCCUCGCGCGCCAGGCCGUCGAUCUCAUCGUCGACAUCUCCGUCGCCUCCGACGUCUCCGUCUCCGCCGACUUCCUCGGCCGCCUCGCCGAUCUCCUCUCCUCGCACUUGCUCGAGUGGAGCCGGCGCCAGAUCUACGUUCUACACUGCUUUGGAGUCCUGCUGAACUCUCACCAGGAUGAUCGCACUGCAACCAAUAUUAGGAACAAAGCAGCUCUUUUCUCUAACCUCGUUCAAGGUCUACAGCUUCCCUGUGAAGAGGUUUGUGGGGAGAUCUUGUUUGUGCUGUACAAGCUAUUCCUUCUACAAGGGACACCGUGGGAAGAGGGUGAUAAUGAGUUUGAUGCUUUAGUAAGUAGGGAAAAGUUGUUACGCUUUUCACUCGAGGUUUUGCUGAAAGCCCAAAAUGAUGAUGCCCGCCUGAAUUGUGUAGCAUUGCUUUUGGUUUUGGCUCGAAGAGGUUUCUUUGAGAACUUAUUUACAAGUGAGCAAACUGGUAUCGACAUGGGAGAUGCAGAUAACUUUAUGCACACCGAUGAAAGUGCUUUGAAUUCUCCUCUUAUAAAUUUGUUUGCUGAAGCGAUCAAAGGGCCUUUGCUUUCUUGUGAUACGCAAGUCCAAACAAGCACUUUGGAUUUGAUCUUUCAUUCACUAUCCUCAGAUUUCAAUAUAUCUGAACAGAUUAAAGUUCUUGUUGAAGAAAAUGUUGCAGAUUAUAUUUUUGAAGUACUCAGACUGUCAGGAAAGAAGGAUCCCUUGAUAAUUUCCUGCCUCCAAGUUCUCGACCUCUUUGCUACAGAAGAGGAAACCUUCAUACAAACGCUUACUGUAGGAUUUCCCAUGCUGCUUUCUACUCUGCGUUAUGUAGCAGAGAUACCAUUCCAUCCAGUUCAGACUCAUGUCUUGAGGCUCGUUUUCUUAUGUAUCUCCAACUGUCCAGGAAUCAUAUCAAUGCCUCAGGUUGAAGAAAUAGCAACUAAGCUAACAGAAAUUUUUAAGGGUCAUAGUGUAGAGGCGCUGGGUGUGGCUUCUGAAGUCUUCACCUUGUCCUGUUUGAUAUCCGUGGAGAUUCUUAAGUCACCAUCUUCUAAUAAUACUCAGAAAUUAUCGAGUACCAUCCAAGAGGCAUCAAGAAAUGCUGUUGUUUCGUCUAUUAAAUCUUAUGGACAUGACAAUCAGCUUCUUUUGUAUUCACUAUACCUUCUGAAAGAAGCAUUUAUGCAUAUUUGUAGUGAGGGUUCAAAUCCAAACUCCUAUACUAAAGUUCUUGAGAGGAGCAUUAUCAAAACUUGUGAAGACUACCUAUUACCUUGGCUUGAGGAAGUUCUAACUGAAGUGCCCGAUGAGGAAGUAGUUCUGGGAGUACUGGAAACUUUUCAUGUAAUUUUGCUUAAAGGAUCAGAAGUCGAAUCCAUGAAGUUUUCUCAGACCCUUGCUUCCUCCUCUUGGUUCAGCUUGUCUUUUGGACUUUUGGGUUUAUAUCCCUCGGAUCUUAUGAAAACAAGAGUGUAUCUGAUGCUUAGUUCGCUUAUUGACAGAAUUAUAGGUAGUGAGUGUGGGGAAGCAAUACAAGAUGCCUAUGCUUGUUUGCCAUCUGAUCCACUUGAUCUGAUUUAUCUGCUUGGUCAGAGGAGUUCACAUGAUCUGAACUUGGCUUCUUGUCAAUGUGCAAUUCUUGUUUUAUUGUAUGUCAGCACUUUGUACGGUGAAAGGCUUGCCAGCGAGAACGAAGUGUUGGCUGCUCUGGAGCAAUAUAUUAUUGUUAACAAUACCAAUUUCUCAUGUGGGAUUUCUGAUUCCAUGAUAUUAACACAAUUGAUUCUUCUGUAUAGUCUUAUUAGAGCUUCUUCAGUUGGUUAUAGUGCUGCUUACAAUGCGGAAGCAGAGAAGACCAUCUUCCGUUUAAUAUCUGAAAAGGAGUGGGAUUUGCUCACUAUAAGUAUCCACCCGUUAGCUCUAAACUGGCUUUUUCAACAGGAAGCACUUUUGUCCCCAUUGUCGUACCAGCUCCUAAACUUUUCUAAAUUCUAUAGUUCAAACAAGAACCAAAUUUGUGUGCAUUUGGAUAAGAUGCAGAUAAUGGACAUUCAAAUGAUCGCACAACUAGUAGUUUCUGGAAAUAAUUAUGUAAUUCAAAUUCUUGUAUUAUUGCUCAAAGAGGUUGGAGAAGAAGGAAGAGAAGAUGAUGCCAUUUCUGUGAUGAAUGUCUUGGGAGGAUUACUGGAGAUUUAUCCCAAAUCUUCCAAUCAACUGUGCUUAGAAGGCUUUGCUGAUGCGCUUCGAUGUUCUUACUACUCGACACACUCCUUGCAAAACUUCAUGACGUGUUCUCUUAUUGUUUUCAAUGUUCUAUAUUCGGCAAACUGUAAAGCACUCAUUCAAGAAGGAGAAUGGCUUUCAGUUAUACAGAAGUUGCUAGAGCAUUUAAAACCAAAAUCUGCUUCUCAAUCAUGUGGUCAAGAAGAAUACUUAGUAAUUGCCAUAUUAUGCAUUGUCUUGCGUUUUUCCACCAACCAAGUGCUCAUAGAACCUGCAAAAGCCAUAUUAUUUAGCAAUUCUUUGGUUUCUUCAGUUGAAAAAGUAGUACAAACAGCCUGUACGAAGGGUCCUGCUUUAAGCAAGCAUGAGGAAGAUACAACCUUGGGUGAAUCCUUGAUUUUUGUCCUCUUGCUAAAUCUUUUCGCUUUGAAAAGUUUACAUGCUAUUUUACAGGAUACAAUCGAUUGGCAGGACUACCUCCAAUUAUCUGAUGAAGUCGAUACUUUAUCUGUUCUCUCCAUCAAAUGCCACGACCUAUGCCGCCUUUUAUACUCUGGUUCUUCUCUUGUUAAACUUGUUGCUUCACAGUGCCUACUUGAAUUACUUACUAGAAUUUCAGAACAAAGAAACAGCAAAGGCGAUGAGCUAAGAUGCUCUUGGAGAUACUUAGAAUCAAUGAUGGCUGUGAUUGAAGGCUUACUUUUCUAUGGAGAUUAUUUGGUAGCUAGAAACUGUGGGAUGUGUUUUGCGAUGAUUUUGGGUUGGGAAAAAUUUGGGUUGGUGGAGAAGAGAGCAAUCAAAGACUCGAAAUGGUGUAGAAUAGUUAUGGAGGAGUUUGUGAUGGCUUUGGCUGCUCCUGGGUUGACUUCAAGGUGCUUCACUAAUCAGCACAAACCCGCAGCUUAUAUGGCUGUUACGUUGCUGAAAUUGGAUCGAGUACCUGAGUGGAUGAAAUCUUUGUUCGAUUCUUCUUGCAUCUCUGGGAUAGUCAACAACCUUUCUGCAAGUAAUGUUACAGCUGAGAUAGUGAUGUUCUUCAGGGAGUUAAUGAUGAGGAAUUAUCUGAAUGAUGAGCACAUUGCUACUUUGCAUCACCUGUUCCAGGUGUGCAGAAAGCAGGCAUAUGAGGACAAUUCCAAAAACCAGUUUUCAGACGAUAGUUUGGAUAAAGUAGUAGCAGACCCCGGUGAUAUAGAUCAAAUAUGUAGCAUUCUCAUCCACCUUAUGCUGUCCCCUGAUAUGGGUUAUAAUGAUGCUUACAAAGAGCAAAAGAAGCUUUUGGAAGAAAUUGAUAUAUUUUUUCAAGUGUCAACCACGCAAUAGAAUAUCAGAUCCUACUUUCAGAGGCAAAAAAAGGAAAGACCUGCUGAUUCAUUUCUGCUUCAUUCACGAGAUUAUCGAUGUUGGUUUUUUAUCAUUUUGCGGACAAUCUUGCCCUUGCAAUACAUGCUUGUGCACAUUUAUUUUGUUACGUAGAAAGGAAUGUACGUACAUACACAAUAUGUUCUUAUCGGCCAAUACGUUUCCAAAAUAUUGACACCGAUUGGUUUUGUGUGCAGCCUCUGUUUCCUGCAUCAAAAUAUUGAAAGCAACUAGUAAAUCUGGAAGUAAGUGUUUAAGAUGUUUCGUCCAUGCCUGAGGGAUGAGGACAAUCAUGACAUCAGAUCCAAAGACGACAAGAUGUUGAGUCAGUUUUAAUCGAAAAGCUCUUCUAAAAUGACUGAAACCAAUGCAUGGGGGUGGGGGUGGAUGUAGCUAAGUGGAUCAAAGCAAUGGAUUGUCAUCCACCACGCCUGGUUCAAUCCUCAUCAUUAGCCCAUUAAUUAAAUUGUAGCUCGGUGCACGUUGUUGCAUGCAUUAUUUUGACUUGACAUCCCUCUAUAGUUACUUCAGUUAUUGUAUCACUGUUUUGAGACA